UGAAAAUGCUUUUUGCAUUGAGUCAGUUACGUUGCAAUGGGCUACAACUUGAGCCGAAUUAACUGUUAGCAGUUCUUGUUUGCCACUUACUCAUGGAUGUACUGACAACUAUCACUAGCUUACUUUGAUACUGAAGAAAGCUUAAAAUGUUAUAAUUCUCAUGCAAGUUAUGAAGACCAUCUUUUUUUUCUGUGUUAAGUGCAUUUACGGACAUUUAUCUGGAGAUACUGAUAUCCUAAAACAAAGUGUAGGUCAAGCUGAAUAAAAAAUAUUGACCAAAGUGUGAUUGGAGAAUCAGACUUCUUCUGAUUCAGUUUCCUAAAUCCUUCGAUUGUAACACAACCAUCGCUGUGAUUAUUACUAAUUAGUGUUUCUAUCAGUAUUUGUUUUGUAAUGUUGUAUUAUUGCUGUUACUCUUUUAUAUUCAUACCACUGUUGUCUCUGUCAGCUGACAUGUUAUUAACACUGCACACACAUGUAGCGUCUCUUGAAGUGUGUUUUCUGCUCUGUAGUAUCAACUGGAGACGUUCACUGAGACCAGGAAAACUGAGCAGGCCCAAAAACCUUAUGAAGGUGAGGAAGCUGACUUCAACACCCAGCCGGCCCCCCAGCCCUGGGACAUCCCGGCCAAGACUCCCAGCUUCUUCACCAAGCACAAAGAGAAGAUCCGCGUGCCCUUCACCUCCUCCAUCAAGGAAUGCACUAACUGCAACGCUUUGGGGACGGUUCGGUGUCAAGAGUGCAAUGGAAAUGGAACAAAACCAUGCUAUCUGUGUAACGGCUCUGGGCGGCGCAAUGAGCAAGGCUGCUCUAGCUGUGAUGCUACAGGCAAAACAAGGUCCUGGGGGGUUUAACGCUGCUACUUUCUCAGAAAUGCAACAGAAGAGCAGCUGGUGUACCAAGUGUAAUGCUCGGGGAAACAUGGAUUGUGAAACCUGUGAAGGAAAACGACAAAUGCUGUCUUACAUCAAGCUCAAAGUGAAGUGGUCUAACCAUGAGGAGUACCAUGUGGUGCCGCAGAACUCUGGUCUGAAGAUCGAACUUGACUCAGUGAACGGGAAGGAGCUGUUCCAGAACAGCCAGAGCCUGCUCUACCCGCUGCUUGGGUUCCCAAACCCGGCCAUCUCCGAGGCCUCUCAGCGCAUGAUCAAAGAUCACCAAACCAAAUACGGCCAGACCUCCAGGAUCCUGCAGCAGAGGCAGACGGUCGAGUUGAUCCCGAUCACUAAAGUGAACUACAAGUGGAAGGGCAAAGCUCACCUCUACUACGUCUACGGCAACGAGCACAAAGUCAGCGCCGACAAUUACCCAGCAACCUGCUGCUGUGUCAUCCAGUAGACACACACACACACACACACUUAAACAGAAACAGUUUUCUUUUUUUAUAAAGAAUUGAUUUAUAAUUUCUGAAGUAAAAAAAAAACCUGAAACUUUCAUUCUUUAACAUUUUACAUACUUAAGUUUCAGUUUUGUAACAAAUAACUUUCAUAGUACUGGUAUUGAAUUAUUUGUCUUAAUUAGCAGUUAAGUUCGACAUUAACUGAACAAUUCUGGAGGAAUUUUUAAUUUCCAAAACUGUCCUCUCACUUCAGACUCUACCUAAUAGAUAAAUAAAUAAUAUCAAGAAUUACAUUUUAUCUAGAUACAUUUUGAAUCUUUCACAUCAAUAACUGAAUAUUUGAUUUCCAAAUUUAAGAAUGAAAAAUUGUAUAUAUUUUAUGGUUAAACCGGACGGUUUUCUCCCAUUAUUGUCUCUAUGUGGACACCUGUGUUGACCAUCAUGUCUCAUCACAACAUGACCACUUAAUGGAGAUAUUGUUUCUGUUACAAAACACUUUUACUGAACCCACAUAAUGCUAGUAGGUGCCAUUUAACGGGCAAAUUCAGGUUUUGGUUGGUGUUUUUUUCCAGUCAGCUGUAUUGGUCGUCUGUGAGUCAUUGCUUCAUAGGUGCUAGCUGUUAAACCAAAAGUAAUUCAUAAGUCAUAGUGCGUAGCAGGAUGUCUUCAAACAUGUGCUGUUUAAGGACGUUAUGAGAUCGAGGGAGAGAAAACAGCAUGAUUUUGUCUUUGUUUCUGUGCAGGAUUUAUGCUCAUGAAUUUAGCAGGAUUUCGGUAUGUGCAGCGGCUUUAAUGCUGGAACUGUAGUUGUGUGCAGAUUCCUGUAAACUCCUCUGCGUAUAUCUACACCUAGAAGGGUGUUAUGGGUGUGACUGAAGGUCGCAGACGACCCAACGAACACACCACCUGCAGCCUCAACAAUGAAUUGUGCAGCCCUGCUGCAUGAAAGAUUUGUUAAUCCAUCCUCUGAAUUCUUUUGUCUUUUCCUCACCAGAAAUAUACCAAAAAAAAGAAACUAUGGGCUUGUACAUAAUCACAACAUAGCUACUGAUUUAAAAAAAACCUCAUCACCUACGUAGAUCAGAAGACGCAAAUUAAAGUUACUGCUCUUAAAAAAACACUUCUGUUGUGUUUACAGCUGAAUUUAGCUUCUGCAGUUUCACCUUACAAGACAAAAAUAAACUACCCUUUGCUUUUUAACUGCACUUCUGCAGUACAGCUGAGCUCCAGUAGAGGGCGCUCUGGUGUUUAACACACUCUGCUGACUGCCUUCAGUACAACAUGCGUAUCUGUGACAAAUGGGAAAAAGCCACUUUAGAUUUGUAAGUUUUACUGUUUGUGUGUAAAUGACCAUAUAUAUGUAUAUUAGUCCAUACUUUCCAUUCUGCAUUUCAUAAUAUCCAUGAUGCUUAUUGUUUAUCUUCGGGGGUGUAUCACUGGUACUGUUUAUUGUGAGUCUGUGUGUGUCAUCGUGGCAAAUUGUGGUCAUCGAGACGGCCACUGUAGCGGGAACUAUGACACAGGCGGUUUCGACAGCUGUGGCGGGUCUUUAUAUUUCUGUCUGUCUGUCUGUGGACAGGUUUAAUCGAUGCAAAGGUGUCUCACCUGUGCAAGAUGCAGUCAUGAAACUUUACAGAUGUUAAGUUGAGAUCAAAAAGAAGGUUGAGUUUUAAAAUGGCCGUGGUCUGAGCAAGGGCGCCACAAGGAGGAGGGGAGGAAUUAGGGAAGGGUUCAUCGCCCCCCCUAUAACUUUACGCCCUUGGUCCGAUUUUAGUGUCGCAGCUGUUGUGAUCCCAUUGCAAGAUGGUCUCUAGUUUAAGUUUCAUUUUUUUCUAUCCUCAACAAUAAUAAAACACUUUUCAGCAGUCAACUGUUUGCUAAAUGUUCUUGAAAAACAACAAUAAUGUGAAUUUGCAGUUUAUUGUCUCAAACUAAAGUGACGUAUGCUGGAACGGGAUUGGUUGCUUUGUCUGCCAUGUAAAUGCCUUAAAACCGGGGUUUUCAAAGCCGGAGACUGUGGGCCUCCCCUCAAACAGAGCUUGGAAAAAGGUGCCGCACAUGACUGUUA